ACUCGUCAAAUGAAUCGCGCGAUCAGCAACGACCAUAAAUUAUUGUAGUCAACGACAGAAAUAACAUCGUUGCAAUCACGCGAUAACAUAUCUAUACCGGACAUUACGAUAUACUGUAAUUCAUUUUAAUAUUAACGUAAUAAAUUCCUUUUAUUUUGAUAAAAUUGAGCGUAUAGAGCAUGGAUCAUAAUUAUUGAUAGUGCAAAAUAGAUGCCAAAACACUGUUAUUAAAUUAUCGAAGCCGAUUAACUAAUAAAGAAAUAUUUUUAUUUAUAUUAAUACAUUUGUAAUAUAAUCGAAGGUCAUUUUAAGAUACCAUCCCCAAUAACUUUUUGAUUUUUGAUUGUACAACAAAAUGUUUCAAAUAAAAGUUGUUUGACUUAAAGGGGAAUAGAAGAUGGUACCAUUGGUUUGACUUUGGAUAGUCAUUUGAAGGUCACCUAAGGGUUACCUUUAACUUCUGAAAUGAAAUCUACUAUUUUUCAUUGCAUAUUCUUGUAGCCUCUAUUUUGAAAGCUUUCCAAAACACUAUAAGAAAGUAUUUUUCAUCACGUGAUCUUCAAAUGAUUAGCCAAGAUAGUAAGGUCCCGAGAAAGUGGAAUCGGGAAACGAAAAAUUUUCUUAGAAAAUUUUUUAUGGAAUUACCGCAGGAAUUGACAGUCGGAAGCCUGCAGCAUCUCGACAAUCUCACCGACCCUAGCGCAAUUCACCGGAAGGAACUAGGGAAGAGGACUCCCAAGGCUUAAGAAAAUAGCGCGCCCGCAUAAGACGCCCUAAAUUAGUACGCUAUUGAAAAACGUCUCAAAUCGCGUCACGGGAUGAAUGCUAAUUGGUCGCACGCUGUAUGCGGCGUGCGCGGCCAUGGAUCACGCACAGUGGUAUCAAUACGCGAUCGAUUGCGAUUUUGGCGCGAUCUUGCAUUCCGUCCGUUUCUUAAGUCCACGUGCCGUGCGCCAUGUUCGAUAAUCAAGAAAUUAGCGAGAGCUAAGACCUGCUAUUUUUAAAAGCCGCCUAUUGAAGACCUUGUAGAUUGUCUACCGGUGAGGUUGCCGUUUCUUUUUUUUGUGAUUAUAAGUUACCGCGCAGUUAUGAAAUCGAUCGACUCGGCAUUAGCAAAUAUUACGUUUUGUUGAGUCUUUCUUGAGAUUAUAUUUUGUGAGUUUUGGCUACAUUUUGGAAGAGUCCUUAGCAGAUUCAAUUUUGGUAUAAAUCCGAGCGAUCAAAAUCGUGGAAAAAUUAAGAAUCUGUGAUUUGUAAGGCAUAGCUGAGGAAACCGAGUCGCGAAUGUGUGCCUCCGGAUCGGUCGUAAUUAACUAUAUAGUAUUGUCUGUAUUAUUUGUUGCGUGAAUAAAUGAGUUUGUGCUUGCGUUAUUAAUUCGUACUUUAUUAAAUAUUUAUUAAAUAUUUUGUAAUAUAUUGCUUAUUUGUAGUGUACGUUUCUUUUGCGCGAGCUCAGCGAGAAUUGUGAUAGACGUUGAAUUUUCUUUGUUAUACACACGUAUUGACUAAGAAGUAUACAUGAUUUUUUAAACGUAAAUAGUAAAAUAUCGAGAAUUAAAUCACGUCAUCGUUAUUAUCUUUCGCACUCUUGUUGUAAUAUUUCCAUAUUAUAAUCAAUUGAUUAUUUUUUGUAUUAUUUUUUAAGUAGUUUUAUACGGAUUAUAUUGUACCUUGUGCUUAGUGAUUUUAAUAUAUUAUUUGCUUGUGUUUUUUUGUAAUUUUUUUUGUCACUCAUUUUCUAUUAAGCAAGAUGUUAAAUUAAACUAAUUUACUUCUUUAUUUCUUUACUUUUUUUACUUCUAAUUUACUUCUUUUGCUAUCAUAUUUUGCACAUUUAAUAGCCACAUUGUAAAACUCUGUCAUUUUUUUUAUUUUCUUAAAUUCUCUAUUAUAAUAAAUUUAUUAUUUCACAUUGUUAAUAAUGCAGCACAUUAUUUCGCACUUCGUAUUUUCUUCGUCCUUAUACUACAAGCGUCGCAUAACUAUUUCACACGUCCACCUUGCCUCUCUCCGUUAGGCCGAGCUUACCGAGCUCGUCGUCGCCUAAUUAAUGAUUAUCGCGUUUCGUGUUAAGAGAGAUUAUUGUGAAAUUAUUAUAUAUGUGCACAUUGGAAUUGACUCGUAUGUAUCUGGCGCCCAACUCCUUCUUACAUUGUAUUAACUGACGGCGGCGGUAUCUGUUUCUUGACGCUGUAUAGAGUCCCCUAUUUCUUUUUUUUUUACGCGGCGUGUCCAUUAUCAAAGAUUUGUUCAUUUUUUCAGGUUAUGAUCAUUUGUUAGUAGGAAUAAUAUAAGAGUUCUAACCCAGGUCCUCUGAGAGGGGUGCGGGUCGAGGGGUAGCCGCGCGUGGAACUUGUUGGAGCGGGGGGUAUGACGUCGCGCGGGCAGGGGACGCUUAUCGCGGUCAUGGGUCGCUUAUCGCGGGCAGGAGACGCUUAUCGCGGGCAGAAGACGCUUAUCGCGGGCAGAAGACGCUUAGACGUCGCAUCUUUAUGAACUCUCAAACGUUAGAAACUUAAAACCGCGUGGACGCGAAGAUAAACAGACGGAUCGGAUAUUCGAACUCUAAGGUCAACACAGCACUUAGGAAUUUCUAAACAAAAGAUAAGGAGAAGAACGACGCUUUCACAGAUGAUCUGUAGCCGAAUGGAACAUAUAACGAAGAACGAAGGACGUCAAGCCGCAGUAUACGAUUUGAGACAGUAUACAUCGGUCGAAAAAAGUAUAGUGGAUACUGUGUUGUGUGCCAAGUGUUCAAUAUAGACAUGGAACAUCUUGAGCAAACUGAACGCGAUCUAUUGUCGCACCAAGUCGCUACCUUAGGCGAAUAUUUUGCGUGGGCACAGCGGUGCGAAGAAUUUAUCAAACAGCUCGAAGAAAGUAGUCGUGCCAAGCGUCCGCGACUCUCGAUCGGAGUUCAACAAUCUUUAGUGGCCAGAAUCGCGCGACUCGAAGGUGUAAAGACUCGAUUAAAGAGACAGUUUAUACCUAGUGGUGAUUAUAGUAGUAACAAUAACGCGGAAAGAUUCGUUUGGCGAGAGAUCGAUACCGCGUUCAAAAACCGCGUAUUGACCGGUGCAGUGAUUAACACAAAUUAUAUCGAACCGCGUCAAUUUCUUGAGGACGUCAAAGACAUUGUGCUCGAACAUGUGCAAAACGCGAUAAAAAAAUAUUUUAAUGUGAAAGUGAAUACUGUGUUCAACGGCGAGUUUGUGACAGGUGACAAGCGCGCAAAUAAAAGCAUAAAUACGAAAAACUAUGAAUUAUUUCGCACAUCAGAUUUAUGCAAAUGGUACGAGCGGCGCGUUAUCGAGCCCACUUUAGUAUCGCUCGAAGAAUUUCAAGAACGCGACAGUGGGUGGGCUUUGUCUCGAAUACUUGAUUUAACUAUAAACAUAAACAAGUAUAAUCCAAUGCGCGCGGGAUGUCACGUAAAAUUACCGCAAGAAAUAAUAAAGAAGAAAGCAGUGAUAAACGUACAGUCUAAUGACAAUGCGUGUUUCGCGUGGUCAGUGGUCGCUGCUCUACAUCCAGCUAAAUUGAAAGUGGAUCGAGAAUCAUCGUAUCCACAUUAUACGACAGUACAGAAUUUCCAGGACAUUGAGUUUCCAGUGACUGUUAAUCAAAUUAAAAAAUUCGAACGUGCCAAUGAUAUCUCCAUAAAUGUAUAUUGCCUCGAGGAAAAGAACAUUGUCCCGAUUCGACUGAGCGAGCUAAAGAGAGAUAAACAUGUCAACUUACUUUACGUGCAAGAUCCACGGGACGACAAUGUCGGACAUUUUGCGUGGAUCAAGAAUUUAUCCCGGCUCGUGAGCUCGCAAUUGAGCAAACAUAAUGGUCAAAAAUACAUUUGCGAUCGAUGUUUACACUAUUUUGAAUCCGACAACAAGUUGCAGUUGCAUACGGUGGACUGUAGAGAAAUGAACAAGUGCACCAUCCGGUUACCGAGCGAGAAGGAAAAAUGGCUCAGCUUCAACAAUUAUAACAGAAAGGAGCGACUUCCAUUUGUCGUUUACGCUGAUUUGGAGUGCAUGCUAAAGAAGACCAACAGUGAUAACAUACAGACGAAGACGUCUAUGUACACAUUUCAACAUCACGAGGUAUUUAGCGUUGGAUACUACAUGCAGUGUUCGUAUGACGAAACAUUAUCCGCGUAUCACUCUUAUCGCGGCGCCAAUUGUAUCGCAUGGUUCGUCGACAAACUUGAAAAAUUAGCGCACCGUGUAAGAAAUAUAAUAUCCACGAAUGUUCCAAUGGGAACUCUCUCGCACAAACAGUGGGAGACAUUUCACAGCGCGACGUAUUGCCACAUUUGCGAGAAAACAUUCGCGCCGGAUGAUACACGAGUACGCGAUCAUUGCCAUCUGAUCGGGCGAUACCGAGGUCCCGCGCAUUCAAAUUGCAAUUUAAAUUAUAAGUACUCUUUUUACAUUCCAAUAGUUUUUCAUAAUUUAUCCGGAUACGAUUCACAUUUUAUUAUCAAGGAAAUAGCUACAGCGUUCGAAGGGAGAAUCGACGUAUUACCGAUAACGAAAGAAAAAUAUAUAUCUUUUACAAAAAAUGUUACACUUGCAGAAGAAAAAAAUCAUAUCAAAUUGCGUUUUAUAGAUUCAUAUAAAUUUCUUUCAGACAGCCUUGACAAAUUGGCGUCUUUUUUAAAUAAAGACGAACUCAAAAUUUUAAAAUCGAAAUUUAAAAAUUUAUCAACAGAAGAGUUCAAUUUAUUGACACGGAAGGGCGUCUUUCCAUAUGAAUAUAUUGACUGCGUGGACAAGCUGCAGGAUACGUGUUUACCACCGCAUGAUUCAUUUUACAGUUCUUUGACCGGUGACACUGUAUCCGAGAGCGAUUACGCGCACGCCGAGACUGUUUGGAAGCGAUUCUCUAUUCGAACGCUAGGCGAAUACAGCGAUUUAUAUUUAAAAACAGAUGUCUUAUUAUUAGCAGAUAUUUUUGAAAAUUUUCGCGAUAGUUGCAUUAAAAAUUAUGGCCUAGACCCCGCUUAUUACUUUACUCUCCCCGGUUACACGUGGGAUGCCAUGUUGAAAUAUACAAAUAUUACGUUCGAAUUACUUACUGAUAUCGAUAUGGUUAUGUUUAUCGAACGGGGGAUACGCGGCGGUUUGAGUCAAUGUUCCGGCAGAUACGCGCAUGCUAAUAACAAGUAUAUGCAGUCGUACGAUCCAUCGAAAUCUUCAUCGUAUUUGAUGUACUUUGAUGUAAACAACUUAUACGGAUGGGCAAUGUGUCAACCAUUGCCUUAUGCCGAUUUUCGAUGGGUCGAUGACAUCUCUGAUUUUAACAUUAGCGCGAUCGCUUCCGAUUCGCCAACAGGUUAUAUUCUCGAGGUCGAUCUGGAGUAUCCGCAACAUCUUCACAAUGCGCACGCUGACCUACCGUUUUGCCCGAUACGCGAUAAACCUCCCGGUAAGCGGGAGGACAAGCUCCUCGCGACAUUAUAUGAUAAGAAGCGUUAUGUCAUACACUAUCGCAACCUGCAGCAGUGUACGCGUCAUGGUCUUCGCGUCACAAAAAUACAUCGCGUAUUGCAAUUUGCUCAAUCCGCAUGGCUCCGCGAUUACAUCGAACGCAAUACAAAAUUUCGAACACUCGCGACAAAUGAUUUCGAAAAAAAUUUGUACAAAUUAAUGAAUAACGCGGUAUUCGGUAAAACUAUGGAAAACGUGCGCAAUCACGUUGAUGUAAAAUUAUUAACAAAGUGGGACGGACGAUACGGUGCAGAGGCAAUGAUCGCAAAACCGAAUUUUCACAGCAGGAGUGUCUUUUCUGAGAAUCUGAUCGCCGUUGAACUGCGUAAACUUGAGGUAAAAUUCAAUAAACCGAUCUACGUCGGUAUGUGCAUACUUGAUAUAUCGAAAGUGUGUUUGUAUGAAUUUCAUCAUGAAUACAUGUUACCGUUAUAUCGCGAAAAUUGUAAAAUCAUGUACACCGAUACAGAUAGUUUAAUUUAUUACAUUAAAUGCGACGAUAUAUAUGAGAAUAUGAAACGCGAUAUCGAUAGAUUCGAUACGAGCGAUUAUCCGGCUAACAACGUGUAUGGUAUACCGCUCAAGAACAAGAAAGUACCGGGUUUAAUGAAAGAUGAAAAUAAUGGCGCGAUCAUGACCGAAUUCGUUGGACUUAGGGCAAAAAUGUACGCGUUGCGAGUAGAUGGUAAAAAGGAUAUGAAAAAGAUUAAAGGCGUCAAGAAUAACGUCGUUGCGCGUACUAUAACUUUUGACGAUUACAUGCAAUGCUUGAACGAAGAGAUUGAAUUGACACGUGAACAAUCGUCUAUUAGGUCAAAAUUGCAUGAAGUAUAUACCAUCCGCGAGACAAAAAUUGCUCUAAGUCCAUACGAUGACAAGCGGUAUAUCGUAGCCGAAACGACUGAUACGUUACCAUGGGGACAUUACCGAAUACCCUUAUAAUAUAAUGUAAUAUAGCGUAAUGUAACGUAUUAUAAUACAUGUAUGUAUGUGUGUAUGUAUGUGUGUAUGUAUCAACUUAUUGAUAGGAAAACAAGAAAUAUGUAUCUAUUUUUUCUCUUUUAUAUUUUAUAUGCCAUCUUACAUAUAUUAUAAUAUAUUUUUAUAUAUUUUAGCUAUUUUAUAUGUAUUUCAUAUUUUGCAUAUGUAAAAAUAAAUACAGUUAGUAUUAAUUAAA